GUGGCAUUUACUGGGAAACUGUACUUUGCUGGAAUUCAGAGAUUGCACAAUUUGAGUAUAUCAGUUACAUUUAUUACUUUGAAAAAACUCAAGUACAGUUGUGGUUUUUUUCUUCUUGACGGGUGGUGGACAAUCAAGAAAUGGUUAAUGCAUGGUUUGCUGAGAGAAUUCAUACCAUCCCAGUCUGCAAGGAGGGAACCAAGUCCCAGAGUGAAUCCUGUGCUUGUCACCAGCCUGCCUGUGCUGAGACCACCAACUCUGGGACGCCAGCGAGGAAAAUCUCUGCUUCUGAAUUUGACAGACCCUUAAGGCCUAUUUUUGUCAAAGACUCAGUAGGAGCAGUGAGCUUCCUCUCCGACUCCGAAAAGAAGGAACAGAUGCCUCUGCAAUCUCCAAGAAUUGAGACCAGUGCAGGGGAUCAAUGCUCAAGACUAUUAGAACUUGUGAAAGAUAUUUCUAGUCACUUAGAUGUCACAGCACUUUGCCAUAAAAUUUUCCUACAUAUCCAUGAGCUUAUAGCAGCUGAUCGCUAUUCCCUGUUUUUGGUCUGUGAGGAUAGCUCUAAUGAGAAGUUUCUUGUGAGCAGGCUGUUUGAUGUGGCAGAAGGCUCCACCCUGGAAGAAGCUUCCAACAACUGCAUUCGCCUGGAGUGGAACAAGGGCAUUGUGGGCCAUGUAGCAGCUGUAGGCCAGCCUCUGAACAUCAAGAAUGCCUAUGAGGAUCCAAGAUUCAACGCAGAAGUUGACCAGAUCACAGGGUAUAAGACUCAGAGUAUUCUCUGUAUGCCAAUAAAGAAUCAUAGGGAAGAGGUUGUUGGUGUGGCUCAAGCAAUCAAUAAGAAAUCUGGAAUUGGCGGCACUUUCACUGAACAAGAUGAAAAGGAUUUUGCAGCAUAUUUGACAUUUUGUGGAAUUGUUCUUCACAACGCUCAGUUGUAUGAGACAUCUUUGCUUGAAAACAGGCGUAAUCAGGUGCUUCUUGAUCUUGCCAGCCUGAUUUUUGAAGAGCAGCAGUCUUUGGAAGUAAUUCUGAAGAAGAUAGCUGCCACAAUAAUAUCCUUCAUGCAAGUGCAGAGGUGCACCAUCUUCAUAGUGGAUGAAGAUUAUACUGAUUCAUUUGCUAGUGUGUUUCACAUGGAAUCUGAGGAAUUAGAAGAUUCAGCUGAAAACGUGAAGAGGUAAAACAAUGAAUUCAAACUUUUGUUCAUCCCAGGAGAAUGCUGA